AUUUGUGGUUUUGGUGUCGUCGACUAAAUACCAGUCGGUUUGCUUAUCAGUGCAUACAAUAGAAGUUGAUGCAGUUUUCGAUUUUUAAAUGCAGUUCCAUUCAAUUGCCCUCGAAAUUCGCUGAUUUCCCUCCAUAAUUCGCAUUUAAACACUGUUUCGAUCUCAAUGAUUAGAUUGGAGUUAUCUUGGGAAAAUUGCGAACAAUUUAUCGUGCUUUUACUCGUGUCGUUGCUUCUGUAUAUCAUGAUAAGAAUGGAGACCAAGAUAUCAGCAGUCGCAUGGCAGCAGCCACUCGCUUUGAAUCCGGGCCCGAUCAUUUUCGACAUUCCAUAUCAGAAAGUGGCUUUGUAUCCAGUUCUGCGAAAUUACCGAUCCAAUCACUCAUUCUUGCAUUCGCCCAAGCUUCGCGACAGCAUUUUGGAGUCAAAAAAGGCAUUUCUCAGCCAAUCGCUGAGCGACGAGAAGCCCGAAGAUGAGCAAAUGGAGGAAAAGCCCCUCCUAGGGGCUGUUCAGGAGAUCAGGCGGCCACCGUGCAAAAAAAUCAGCUUCAAGAUAAAAAAGCAGUCGUCCCUCUACAGGCGGAGCACCGGAGCACCUAAAGUUACCAAUAUUCCCUUGAAUAAAGUGGCGGAACUGACGAAAAAAUUCAACGAAAUGGUUGACAAUAACAGCUUAUGGGACGAGCACAGCCUGAAGAGUUUAGUGAAGCGCGUGGAUAGUGCGACCAGUGACUCUGUGAGACCCGCACUAGUGCAUAGGGAUAGUGAGAAAGUGUCGCGAAAACCCAGUGUAAAGACCAAGCCAGUGUUGGAGCCGAAAAAAAUAGUGCUCAAGAAAACGACGAAGAAAAGUAGCAUUAAGAGACAGAAUAGUGAUAAGCUGAAAAUCCGUGCCAAAUUCCAAGAGAAAGCUGAAGCAAAUGGCAAACCUGCAGAAGCAGCCAACAGGCCGACCACCUUGAAUUUGAACUUGAACAUACCAAAGGCCAUCAUUGAAACAUCGCCCAAUGGCACGUCGGUGAAGGCAGCGAUUGAAAUAUUUGAAAAACGAUCCAGCAUUUUACUCCCCAAGAGCGAACUUGCUGUUGCAGCCCCCAAGCCAAAGCCACUGAUUCCAGAAAAACCGCAAUUAGCAAAAAAAAUGCCCUCGAAACCCAGCGUUUUAAUCACCACAAAAGACAUUCCUGAAAACAAGACUGAACAAUUUGAAUCUGAGUUCGAAGAAGACAAGGUAGAGAUUAUUAACAUUCCGGCAGUGCUUCCGCAACGAAGAUGCGACUCUAUGUAUGAAACGCUUAACAUGAAAAAAGUGCAAACACCUGCACUGAAGUGUAGAUCUGUCGAUGAUUUGAAUACGGAAGUACAAAGCGCCUCGGUGAUUCCCAAUAGCUCAUUUCUUUGGAGGGAUAAAUCGCCCUCUGUUUCUUCAAGCAGAUCCUCCAUCAAUGCCCAGUUUCAGGAAAGAUUAAACAAUGCUGAGUGCAACGCCACGGCAUUGCCUAGUGCUAAACCAGUUAAGCCUCAUGCGCUCAAAAGUGUAAAGAGAAAAAUGCCUCUACCACAAGAAUCACCUGGCGCAUCUAGAAAAACCAGAGACGUGCCGGAUUAUGAGGAAAUCAGCACCAGCUUUACUGAAGAAACAUUGCUCAAUGAAGAAACGUUCAAAGGCUACGAUGAAAUCACCAAGCCACUGAAUGAGGUGGAAAUACUCGAUGCUUCCACCGAAGAAACUCCCUAUGAGGUAAUCGAGGAAACCGCCAAGGCAAAGGAGGACGACAAACAUUACGAAGAGAUUCGAAAAGAGGAGAAGAUCUAUGAGGAAUUGAGCAGCAUGACUAGCAAAUUGGACGACGGUUAUGAGCCGAUCGGCAAUCAGCGCUGCUCUCUUGCAAGACCCGAGAAUAUUUACGAGACUUUGCCUCAUUCGACGCUGCCUAGACGGCAGGAGCCUCUGCCUCCAAGGCCUCCAUCGUCUACAAUAAACGAAGAAAUCGAGUACAAUUGCUAUGAGUCGAUCUACACUAAGAAGGAUGGAUAUUACGAAAGCAUUUACGGUUCCCAACUAACUACGGAUAGCGGCUCCAAUAGGGACAGUGUCGUCUCCUCCGACCAUCAAACGAAUAGUUUAUAUGGCCAGCCACUGCCUAGAUGGGAAUACAACAAUGAAAACACGUACUACAAGCCACCCAGCGAUGUCAGCGAUCGAGUGUCCGAACGCAGCGACGAAUGGGAAGAUGUUACGGACAAUGAGGAGCGGGAAAGUGGAUUCAUAGUGGUUCGCGAGCGGCAUAAAGGGAAAAAGCCGGGAUGGUCGCAACAUUUCCGGGAGCAACUAUCGAAAACCCUCAAGGAAGGCAACACUCCAGUAGGUUGCCUUCAAAGCCGCUGUUGAGAGUUCGAGGCUGAUAUCAUUCCAAACCCACCAGAAUGACGACUUGUUUUAUUUUAAUCGGCGUUGCCAACGAUAAUAAUUUAAUAAACAAUGUUUUUACAAACAAUUAAUUUUAAUAAACAAACUAGUUUUUUAGGCUUUAAGUUUUAGGCCCUGAGCGCGUCCUGUUUAUUGCGUUUUCCUUACAGAGUGUUAAAGAGCGCGUCCUGAUAUCUGGUCCAUUUAUUGAGAAAUUGCUUCUUGAAGAUGGUAGUGUAAAAAUGGCAUAAAAAUGUCCAAAGUUUAAUAAUUUAUUGCGAAAGAACCACUAGACGGACUCAUUUCAAAUUCACUUAGGGGCGCAUCUGAAGCUUUUCUUAAUAAAUGAGUAGAGGAGCUUCGCUUGAUAUCUAAGGUGUAUAUUGAGAUACUAUUGCAAGGGUUAAUGCAAACAUGGAGAAAAGUCCAAAUAAUGUCCAAAGUUUAAUAAUUUAGUAGCAAAAAACUCCUCGACGGAUUCACAGAGCACAUAUUUUUAAAGAUUCUUUAACAUUUUCACCUAAAAAUGUUAAUAUAUAGGGUGUACGAGUUCUGCCGCAUUAAAAAUUGCGUUAACCUUGCGCCAAAGUAAAUUUCUCUUCCAGGAAAAAUGCGCUUCUCAUUAUCAUUCCAUGGAUGUUUAUUUAUAUAACGAUCCAUUACAGUCGUUGCACAUAAACCGUACCAGUUCUUAUACAACUGGAGUACCAUCGACAACGUUGCUGUUUUCGCUUUCAUUUGGUACCACUCGUUCGUGUGAAUUAGCAAUUGUCCUUCCAGCCGCUCAGACAAAGAUGCAACAUUAUAAACAUUCUUUUGUUUAAAAUAUGGGAAAUUUUCGCUCGUUUUCAGUAACACACACGGUCGAAACCGCAUCUUGUUUGUCGGCGGUUUUCCUCCAAUUAACUCAUAAGUGAAUGUUUCCUUAGUACCACCAAUGAUAAUUUAAUAAAGCGAGGAACCAUCCCAAGUUCACUGUGCAACUGCGCUCGCAAAAGAAGUGAAAGUUCGUCGGGUUUUUACAAAACCAGUUAAGUUUUCGUGAUGCGUUAUCGGACUUAAGCAGUUUUCAAUUACUUUUGACCAGGUUCUGAUUAUUCAAGUAGCUAAAACAGUGACUUUACGGAAUUAUUAGUGACCUAAACGUGCAGCAAAUGUGGUGAAUCACUGGUGUCUCUUACCUUUUAAGGUGCUGCUCAAUUGGUUUCUUUGUUUGUGUUUUAGCGUCGCUUAUGUAAGGAAUUCAGGCCCCAAAAUUAUACAUUAUUCGCUUGCCAAUCCAAGUCUCGGACGAAAUUUGCCAGGUGCUUGAUACAUUUCGU